GCCGCCCCUGCCGCCGCCGCGCGCUCGCCGGGGCCGGGCGGAGCUGCGCAGUCCUCUCGCAGCUGCGCCAGGACAGCCGGCGCGCGGCCGUGCCCACAAGUUGCCGGCAGCUGAGCGCCGCGCCUCCUCCUCCUGCUCGCAGACCCCUGCGCCCACCCGGCGGCGGUGGCCAGCGCCAGGACGCACAUCCCGCGGACACCCACCCCAGAUGUAAAGCGGAACAUCAGCCCCUCGCCCCACGGCGCGAUCGACAGACCCGCCAGCGUCUCCUCUGCCAAACCCCAGGACUGGAAGAUGUGGCAGCCGGCCACGGAGCGCCUGCAGCACUUUCAGACCAUGCUGAAGUCUAAAUUGAAUGUCCUAACACUGAAAAAGGAACCUCUCCCAGCGGUCAUCUUCCAUGAACCAGAGGCUAUUGAGCUGUGCACGACCACACCGCUGAUGAAGACAAGGACUCACAGUGGCUGCAAGGUUACCUACCUGGGCAAAGUCUCCACCACUGGCAUGCAAUUUUUGUCAGGCUGCACAGAAAAGCCAGUCAUUGAGCUCUGGAAGAAGCACACACUAGCCCGAGAGGAUGUCUUUCCAGCCAAUGCCCUCCUGGAAAUCCGGCCAUUCCAAGUGUGGCUCCAUCACCUCGACCACAAAGGGGAGGCCACAGUGCACAUGGAUACCUUCCAGGUGGCCCGCAUCGCCUACUGCACCGCCGACCACAACGUGAGCCCCAACAUCUUCGCCUGGGUGUACAGGGAGAUCAAUGACGACCUGUCCUACCAGAUGGACUGCCACGCCGUGGAGUGCGAGAGCAAGCUCGAGGCCAAGAAACUGGCCCACGCCAUGAUGGAGGCCUUCAGGAAGACUUUCCACAGUAUGAAGAGUGACGGGCGGAUCCACAGCAACAGCUCCUCUGAAGAGGUUUCCCAGGAAUUGGAAUCCGAUGACGGCUGAAUGAACUUGAGACGCUUCAGCAAAGGCAGUAUUGGUCACGGAGUUCAAGGGAAUAGAUGAGUAAGCAACGUUUCAAAUUUGGGAUGAAAAGACUGCCAAACUAUUGGCUGACCAAGCUUUUUAAAUUCAGAAGAGCAAUUCUAAAUCUAAAGAAAUGUAUCAUUAAAGUAAUUACGUUACAUUGAAACCUGCUGCUGCUGUGACUGUGAGGAGGGUGGGAGUGUGGAUGGGGAGGAAGGUUCUAGACUCUCUUCUUGUUUUUCUCAUUUCCCAAUGCCUCUCUGUGGGAGAGCUCCAUGCCAGUUUUCACCACUCUCAGGCAAAUACUCUGCAGCUGUUAUUGGAUGGGCCAUUCCAAUCUGCCUUAUGAAAUUCCACAAGAAUGUUAGGGGCACCUAUAGGAUCUCUAGUGGGAUGGGCAGGGUGCUGAUGGGGAUGCCGGCCGCAGGGAGGAAGGAAUAUCUCUGUUCCUCUCCCAUGGCAGAUGCCCUCCUCUGUAUGCAAAUCAGCACAGCCUUUAUUGAGCUUUACAACUAACAACCUGAUAGUUGGCAGUUAAUUCACAGUUACAGAUAAUGCUUUUAUUUACAUAAAUAUACCAAGUAGUACCCUCUUAUUGUAUUCACUUCAUCUAUUUUCUUAGAAUACUUGCAAUUACUAAUGACCCCUUCCCUUUCCCUCCUCCUGCCCUGUCCACCCUCUUUCCCCUUCUCAUAUCCCAAGAGAGAUGGAAUCUCAACAUACAUUGCAGGACACCAAAAGGAAGAAAACAAUGAAGCAAAUGAAAUAAACAGUCAAACAAACCAGGAGUUUAGACCAACAAGUGAACACACUCUAUGUCAGCUCUCCUUUUAUCCAGCUGAGAUUUAUGGUAACUUAUUUAAUGAGUGGUCCUGUCCAAUGCAUUCUUGAUGGCAAGCUUCAAAUCCAAUUUGGUAUCACCACGGAAGCCUCGCUUCCAUCACUCAGCAUUGUACUUAGAUAGAGAAUGAGUUAGAUAAUCUCGACUUGUCUAGAGAACCCACGUCAUCUUAACCUAAAGGGAAAUCUUAUUGCAUUAUCAUAAAAUCGAUGAUAUUUUAGGGUCGGAAUUGCCCAUUUUUUAAAAUUUUGAAUGAGAAGUUCUCGCUAAAAAAAAUCCUGAGAUUUCUCAGUUUCACGGUUCUUUAAAUAUUAAAAACACAGAGUCAACAUGAAUGACAUUGUAAGUAUUUGUUAAAAUACAUACGUUGGAGGCCAAGAGCAGAUGACUACUUUUCCAAGUAAUGCUGCUCCUUCCUAAAAGUCUGUUUUCAAUCCUGGUAAUAUUAGGGGCACUAUAGCACCUAAGAAGCCUUAAAUGAGAGCUAAUCCAAUCUAGAGAGCGAUGGUGUCAGCAUUUCGGUCUGCGUAUCUGUGUGUCCGUAUCUGCGUUCGUGUGCGUGUACGUGUGCCCCUGUGUGUGGGCCCAGUUUUCAGGCAUGUAGAAUAAGCAUGGAGUCAUAUUGAAGAGGACUCACUUCUUGAAGAUAUGCUUGUUGCUUUACAACAUAUGUAAGCUAUUCUUUAGCAUAAAUGCAUUCAUUCUUUAAUAAAAAUAUGUUUGCAUUAAUAAAGCUGAGGAGUUUCAUA